UUGCAGUGUCACGCUUCUCAGUUCUUUCUGGAUUGUGGAUUGUUUUCCUCGGGACAUUCACAACAAGGUUACAAUAUCAAACACAUCUCAUGACACCAAUCCACAGCGCUCGGGGUUUAUCAGGGGGGACCCGGAACAUUAAUUUCCCCACCCAUUCAACUCCUCACCCGUUGUUUAUAUGUUUAAAAACUGAUGAAUAGAUUCAGCUCAGAGGAAAAAGCGUUGGUUGAUGGUGCAUUGUUGUGGUUCGCGAUGUGUUGCUGGUUCGCAGCCUCUGCGGCUAAAAUAUAGAUACAUGAAUCUCUUUCGAGUCGUAUUUUUGCCGAUCCGUUUAGUUUUUCGCAGCUGAUCGUUGAAUCAACACAACAGUGUUAGCUGGCCUGGACAAAAUGAGCAGAAAACAGCAUCAUUUUAAAGGAGCAGAGGUCAGCUGCUGUGUUAAAUACUUCUUGUUCGGAUUCAACAUCAUAUUUUGGUUGCUGGGAGCUGCAUUCCUGAGUAUUGGACUUUGGGCCUGGGCAGAAAAGGGAGUGCUGUCAAACAUUUCCUCCAUCACAGAUCUGGGCGGCUUCGACCCUGUCUGGCUCUUCAUUGUUGUAGGAGGGGUGAUGUUCAUCCUCGGAUUUGCCGGAUGCAUCGGUGCACUCCGGGAGAACACAUUCCUGCUCAAAUUUUUUUCGGUGUUUUUGGGCCUCAUCUUUUUCCUGGAGCUCACAGCUGGCAUUUUAGCUUUUGUGUUUAAAGAUUGGAUCAAAGACCAGCUGAACUUCUUCAUCAACAACAAUGUUAAAGCAUAUCGGGAUGACAUUGACCUCCAGAACCUCAUUGACUUUGCUCAAGAAUAUUGGUCAUGUUGUGGUGCUCAUGGGCCGAAUGACUGGAACCUGAACAUCUAUUUCAACUGCACCGACUCCAACCCCAGCCGGGAAAGGUGUGGGGUUCCCUUCUCCUGUUGUGUCAAAGACCCCGCUGAGGAUGUCCUGAAUACACAAUGUGGCUAUGAUGUGCGGCUUCAAGGGGAGUUGGAUCAGCAGAAGUACAUUUAUACAAAGGGCUGUGUGGGGCAGUUUGAAAAGUGGCUUCAGGAUAAUCUGAUCAUCGUUGCUGGGAUUUUUGUGGGGAUUGCAUUAUUACAGAUUUUUGGGAUAUGUCUGGCUCAAAACCUGGUGAGUGACAUCAGAGCAGUCAAAGCCAACUGGUGACCCUUUGCAGAGAGCGACAGGUGACAGUGACCUCAAUUAUGGCAGAGAGCUAAUUGCAAAUAAGCACUGUUUACACACCACUGAGCUGGUAAAUUCCACCCUUUUAACCCUACAGACUUUGUAUAUUAGCUGACUUUACAAAGUGGACUGUCCAUCUAUGUUUUCUCUUUUUUUUUGUGGUUCCUUAUCUGAAAACAAGCUCUUAUGGAGACUAUCCAGAAGGAGCUUAACGUGAGAUGUCACAUCGAGAUCAAGCUAUCUGCAAUCUCGCAGCUGUCUCUUGAUUGAAUGCUAUUUUCGUUUGCCCUUAAUAAAUGUUCACCAGACUCUCCUCCAUGUUGGUGAAGUGGAGGGUGUUUUCAUUAACCUGUGGAUGACUUUCUUAUAGAAAAACACACAAAUCAACCACUGGGACUUUAAACAGAGGAGCCAUAAGCUAAACAAAGCCUUAGAGCAGUGUGUUUCACUAUACACUUGUGUGGGUUCAGCUUUUUACACAAUAUUCUGUCUGUCAGUCAUUCGAGCCGAUGGACAGUUGGACUCUUACCUCUGAUUGGCUCUCUGUUGCACAGGGUAGCCAAUCAGAAUGACAUACUUGAUAAUUACGCAUAAUGCAUUUAUUUUUGUGAGUUCUACCACUACUGUUGGGGAGGUGGAGAAGUAGUCUGUUAUUUGUCUGUACAGCUAUGUUUUAUUAAUUUUCUUUUGUUUUUUUGGUUGUCUCUGUGGCAAAGAGUGUAAACCGACUUAACCGCUGUCCCAGACAUGCUUAUGAAUCUUUGUUUUCGCUACUCUGCUAGAUAGUGAUAUGCUAUAGUGACAUUAUUAAUGUAUUAUUAUAAAUAUGAUGCUGCUUUAACUCAUAGAAGAUAUACAUCGCUAUACUAACCAACUGAACUUUUUAAUACAUUCCCUCUGGGAAACACACUUUAGAUCACGCAGAGUGCACAUGAAGUGGACAGAUUGAAUUAGCCAUGCGUACGAUCACAUGCCUUAUUGAGCCCUAUAGAGAUGGUAGCAGAAGCCAAUGACAGUUACACAGCACGCAGACCUUUAGGAAGGUUUUUUUUUUAACUGUUCAGUCUCUCUUGCUCGAACCAUAUGCAUGCAAUCAUCUAUUUAAAAUAUGCAUGGCAAUGCAGACCUCUUUAAAAGCAUGCACACACAUACAUAUGUGUGUGGAUGUGUAUCCAUCCCAUUGUGAAUACCAUACCAGUGCGUUUUCACCUAGCUGUGUUAAUCCCCUCGUGUUCAGAAGGUGUCUGCUUUGAGUCAUGACCUUAACGCUGAUAAUGUGCAAAGUAAGAUAAAUGAUGUACUGCCAACUGCGUAUGUAGAACGUGCCUGGAGGGUUAUAGCAGUGGAGUGUCAUGUCAGCUAGACUGCUCUGAUUCAUCUGUUUAACAAGCUUUGCUCUGUUUCAAGGCUCUAUAUAACCUGUGUUAUCAGAGCGAAUAGUAAAAUGUGAGAUUUCUCUUCGGUGUGGUCUUUUUGGGAGAUUUCGGUAUAUUGUGUAUAUAAGAGGCAAAUCUUUUAUGCAGAUACAAGAUUAUGUGCGAAAGAUGAUGUUUAGCCCCCUUUUUUGUGCACCCAAAUUGAUGUCCCUCAUGAAAAGCUAUCAAGAACAUGUCCAGGUUGCAUUUCAGGAUUGUACAUAAAAGAAAAAAAGUGGAAGAAUAUAGUUUGCUUUAAGAAAAUAAAGCAUAUUUACUUUCUAAAUUCUCAUUAACAUAAUGAAAAACAAACAAACAAUAUAAAUAUAAAGAUAUAUUAUUUAAUUGAUAAAAUCUUUAUACAUGUAACAAUAUAUUGUUGUACUGCCAUUGAUUUUAAUUUUAAAAAUCGUUGUUUUACUGGAAUACAGGAAAAACUGUAUUAAAGUAGCAAGAAAUGAAUGAAUCAGAAUAAAGAGAAUUCAUUUCAAAAGUAAAUCCCGAGGCAAUAUUGUAAUAAGAAUUUACGAUGAUAAUGUGAUGAAAAUAUUGCAAAAAAAAUCUAUAAGCUUGAUAUAAGCUUCAUUUUCUUUAUGCAGAAUAACAUAUAUUCUGGGGUGAACUGCAACCUGGGCAUGUUUUUUGUGAGAUUCACCCAAAAUAUAGUGUUUAUUAUAUCUCUCCCUCUCAUUUUCUUCAUCAUGCAAUGGCCUUUUCUGUCUUUUCUCCUUUUUUUUAAACAAAGAACUCUAACAUUCCCUUUUCAGGGAGCCUCUUGCAUAUAAUGAAUGUAAAGAUCAUCUCUUACUAAUGUUGUGUCAUAGACAUCUUACCCUUCAAAGCGCAAUGCACAAACGUGAAUAAAAUUAAUGUUUGUCUGACUGUAGGCACACAACUGAAAAACAUCACAAAUCCGUGUUCGUGUAGUGAAUUAGACAUUCCUUGUGCAUGCGUUGGCUACAUUUUUUUAUGAAGUGCAUUUUGCAUUUCAGUGGUUUUUCUGUGCUGGUUCAUCAGAAACAGUUUUGAUAAUUAGUAUUAAAACCAUUGAGCCUUUUUGCUGGCAUUUCUCUGUACCAGCUGUGAUAGUUUGUACAUUACAGUCAUUCGAAAUUUUUGCAAAUCUUUAAGCACAGUUUUAUCAGAGAAGCUGGAGUUUCUGUCGAACCAAUCGCGAACAGUUGUACAGAACAGUACUGCGUGGAUGGAAAACAUUUUGUGAGUGUGAAUGCGUAUCAGGAUAGUUGUUCCAUGAUUUAAAGAUGUCUUGAUCUUUUUCCCAACAUGAGUCUUGACAUCACACUUGUCACUUUUAUGUGCUUUGAAAAAAGAAUUGAGAAAGCCUUCAAGAAUUUUUUGUUUGUUUGUUUGUUUUGUUUACAUUCCCAUACUCAUUUUCAAAGUGUCUUCAUAGAAAUGUGUGGAUUCUACCUCAUCAUGGUGAAAUGACUUUAAACGUGGUUAUUUGGGGAGUCAUAACUCUAAUUCAACCUUAGUGAGCAUUUUUAGAAGAGUUGCAAAAAAACGUUUUAAACCCAACUUUAAGAAUCUUCAACACAAAUAAUGGUAGCAGGUCUUCUCUCACAGUCUCAGCUUUUCUUUAGGCACUUUUUAGGCAAAUAAUCAUUUUGUUUAUAAGUCAUGGAAUGCAAGGAAUAUAAUGUGGAUUUGUUAUUUGAAUGGUGAGAGGUGACACUUUUGUUUUUUAAACCUACCUGUAUUGUUUAUACUUAUCCAGUUCCAUUAUGUGCAGCACUAUUUCAGGACUCUGCAAACGAACAAUUCUCAGCUGUAAUUAGAUGUCCUUUUAAUUAGUUUAUUGACUUAGUGUUCAUUAUCCAAUAAUUUCAUAUUAGCAUAACUCAAAAUACCCUCUUAAACUGGAUAAUGAAUAUUGCACUUGCAGACCUAAAGCAUUUCCUGUGUGCUCUCCAUUAUAUGAGUCAACGAUUGCACUAACCUAUAAUAACACUUAUGUGGGAUUUUCACUCUCUUUAUUAAAAAGAAAACCUAUAGAAAUUUAGGAUCGUAUUUGGAAACAUCUUAGCAAUACCACUGUCCAGCUUUGUUUUAUUUGAUGUUAUUUUAUUUUAAAUUCUUGUUCAAAAGUUCAUUUAUUGGUGGUAUCCACAAAUGGACUUUUCUUGUGGGAGAUGGUCUGUUACACUGUAUACUAUGAUAUGAGAUAUUCUUUUUCUUUUUCAUAAUAAAAUGGAUUUAUGACAAAA